AUGGAUACGACAUCCUCAUCAUUCCAUGAACAUAAUUCGGCUCGUGGUGAUUACCUGUUCGGCAAAACACAAUUAUUACCAUCACAUAUAGAUCGAAAUUUUGAACAAUAUCUUGCUGAUCAUCAUGUUCAUCCAUCUUAUGUUAAAUUUCCUUUAAUUACAUCUCAUAGACAAAAACAACAUAUCAGUACAGCACUUAAAUCCAAUAGAUACAUAGAUGAUAGACAAAAAUCAUUUGAAACAGUAUUUUCACAAAAUUCAAAAUUAUUAUCCAAUUCUUUAUCAUCAUCUUGGAAUACAAAUGAAAAUGAUACUAUUCAUCAAAAACAGUUGUCACCAAUUAAUACAAUUUUAGCUAAUAAUGAAAAAUAUCGUCGUUCUCAUGCAAAACUUAUUGAAUAUAAACAACAAAGUAAAAUACAAGGUAUUCAAAUACCAAAAGUCGAUAUACAAUUAUCAAAUAAUCAUAAUAAUAGCCCGCCGAGUACGUUAGUAUUACGGGAAGUUAUUGAAAAUAAAACAAAAGAAAAAAAUGGUGCCAUUGGUGGUGAAGAUCUUGUUGAUGAUGAAUCAAUUAUAAGUGUUGAAGGUUCUCAUCGUGCAAAGGUUUGGGUUAGAGAACAUCAAUAUUUUUUUAAUAAUUAUUAA